CCUAUCCAGACCGACCGGACCACUUUGGACUACCCUACUCCCCCAUUUACAACUCUCCAUCUGUUCUCCACAGCUCACCUGCGUCUUAGUUUGGUCCGAGAGGGCAUUUUAAACAAGAAACCCCUCAAACUAUUUCUUUUUCUGUUUUUAUUGUACAUUUCUGUAAUGAUUUUGGAUCCCCAAAACUCGUAGUUGUCCAUUAUUCCAAAUGCAUCGCCUCCUAGUCUCGCUUUGCGUGUGGGCAUAAUCGGUGGGUUCAGUCAACGUCCAGGUGCCUCGGGAAAAAAGAUUGCAAAGGGAAUAUUUUAUAACCUUUUUUUUUGUAAAUCAUCUUUUGGAAGCGCAUCCACUAUUUCAUUCCUUCCACAAUGGCUGAUGCCAACGCUGAAUGCAAUAUCAAGGUGUUGUGUCGAUUUCGUCCACUGAACCAGUCCGAAAUUAUCCGCGGAGAUAAGUUUAUACCAAUAUUUCAAGGAGAAGACACUGUCAUCCUCGGGGGGAAGUCGUAUGCGUUUGACCAGGUGUUUCCCACGAACACCACACAAGAGCAGGUCUACAAUGCUUGUGCCAAACAGAUUGUCAAAGAUGUUUUGGGUGGAUACAACGGGACCAUAUUUGCCUAUGGGCAGACUUCCUCUGGAAAGACGCACACCAUGGAGGGGAACCUUCAUGAUCCCCAGGGAAUGGGAAUCAUACCCCGGAUUGCAGAGGACAUUUUUGAGCACAUAUUUGCCAUGGAUGAGAACCUGGAAUUUCACAUUAAGGUCUCCUACUUUGAAAUCUACCUGGAUAAAAUCAGAGACCUCCUGGAUGUGACAAAAAUCAACCUGUCGGUGCACGAAGACAAAUACAGAGUUCCUUAUGUGAAGGGCUGCACGGAACGCUUUGUCACAAGUCCUGAGGAAGUGAUGGACGUGAUAGAUGAAGGGAAGGCCAACCGGCACGUUGCUGUCACCAACAUGAAUGAGCAUAGUUCCCGCAGUCACAGCAUAUUCCUGAUAAACAUCAAGCAAGAAAACGUGGAGACAGAGCAGAAGCUGAGUGGCAAGCUGUACCUGGUCGACCUUGCUGGUAGUGAGAAGGUCAGUAAGACAGGUGCAGAGGGAGCAGUGCUGGAUGAGGCCAAGAACAUCAACAAGUCCCUGUCGGCCCUGGGGAAUGUCAUUUCAGCUCUGGCUGAGGGAACGAAAGCCCACGUGCCGUACCGUGACAGCAAAAUGACUCGUAUCCUACAAGACUCACUGGGCGGGAACUGUCGCACCACCAUGUUUAUCUGUUGCUCUCCCUCCAGCUACAAUGAUGCAGAGACAAAAUCCACCUUGAUGUUUGGCCAACGAGCCAAGACCAUAAGAAAUACUGUGUCAGUGAACCUGGAGCUCACAGCAGAGCAGUGGAAGAAGAAGUACGAAAAGGAAAAGGAGAAGAACAGGUCAAUGAAGGAGACUAUUCAAAGACUCGAGGCUGAGCUGAACCAUUGGAGGAAAGGCGAGGAGGCCGCUUUGCUGGGGGAGCUCAGUGGAAGAUCGGAGGAUGCCCCUGUGGUGCCUCCAGAAUCCGAGGAGCCAGUUGUCGAUAUGUGCAGCCCCUGCAGCCCGUGCAGCCCCUGCUCCAUUGCCUCCUCCAUUGUGGUUCAUAUAUCUGAGGAGGAGCGUUACAAGUAUGAGGAGGAGAUCCGCAAGCUUUACAAACAGCUGGAUGAUAAGGAUGACGAGAUCAACCAUCAGAGCCAGAUGGUUGAGAAGCUGAAGGAGCAGAUGCUUGACCAGGAGGAGCUGUUGGCGUCAUCCAAGGGUGACAGCGAGAAGGUGCAGUCCGAGCUCGGCAGGCUACAGGCGGAGAACGAGUCUGCUAAGGCGGAGGUGAAGGAAGUCCUUCAGGCCCUGGAGGAGUUGGCUGUCAACUACGACCAGAAGAGCCUGGAGGUCGAGGAGAAGAGCGCACAGAACAAGCUCCUGGCUGAAGAACUUGCAAAGAAAAUGGCUCACCUCAUGGCGCUGGAAGCGGAGCUGUCCCGUAUCCGCGAAGCAAGCAGCCACCAAAGAAAGCGCAUCGCAGAGAUUCUGAACGGGCUCAUGAGGGACCUGAGUGAGUUCAGCACCAUCGUUGGAAACGGGGACAUCAAGCUGCCCAUGGAGAUCACUGGAGCGAUCGAGGAAGAGUUCACCGUGGCUCGCCUGUAUAUCAAUAAAAUCAAGUCAGAGGUGAAGUCCAUGGUGAAGCGCUGCCGCCACCUGGAGAGCCUUCAAACGGAGUGUCACCGUAAGAUGGAGGAGACGGGCCGAGAGCUGUCCUCGUGUCACCUCCUCAUCUCGCAGCAUGAGGCAAAGAUCCGCUCUCUAACGGAGUACAUGCAGAAGGUUGAACUGAAGAAGAGGCAGCUGGAGGACAGCUAUGAUUCUCUAACCGAGGAGCUGGCCAAGCUCCAAGCUCAAGAGAGUAUGUCACAGGUGACCGGGGGGGAGAAUCACGCGUCUGUUCAGAGUUCCUGCGCUAUAAAGAGGGCUCUGGAGCAGCAGAUGGAGUCGCACCGUGAGACGCACAGCAAACAGCUUGGGCGCCUUCGAGAUGACAUCAAUGAAAAGCAGAAGAUCAUCGAUGACUUGACUGAUUGUAACCAGAAACAGCAGCUGGAGUUGGAGCAACUGCACAGUGACUUUGAGCGUCUCAGGAGCAAGGAGCAUCACAAGAGCCGGCAGCUGGAGGAACUGAUGUUCCUCCAUGAGCGUCAUGAGCAGUCAAAGCAGGAUCUCAAAGGGCUAGAAGAGACCGUUGCUCGUGAGCUCCACACCCUGCACAACCUCCGCAAGCUUUUUGUUCAGGACCUCACGACUCGAGUUAGAAAAAGUGCAGAGAUGGAGCCCGAUGAUACUGGGGGAUAUAUCACCCAGAAACAGAAGAUUUCCUUCCUUGAAAACAACCUGGACCAGCUUACAAAAGUUCACAAACAGCUGGUGCGUGACAAUGCAGAUCUUCGCUGCGAGCUUCCGAAACUGGAGAAACGUCUUCGGUAUACAGCUGAGCGAGUUAAGGCGUUGGAGGGCGCACUGAAGGAGGCAAAGGAAGGAGCCAUGAAUGACCGCCGCCGCUACCAGCAGGAGGUGGAGCGAAUCAAGGAUGUGAUGAGAGCCCGCAAUCCCUUCCGCCGGCCCCACGCUGCCCACAUAGCCAAACCUGUGCGUCCAGGCCACUAUCCAGCCUGCUCCCCGACCAACCCCUUCUUCAUCCGAGGCUACAGUGAACACCCCAUCGCCUUCUGCAAUGUUUUCCACAACAGCAACAACCAGCCACUGUCUGCUCCUUCUCCUGCUCCUGCUCCUGCUCCUGCUCCUGCUCCUGCUCCUGCUCCUGCUCCUCAGACUCUGGAGAGUGAGCCCAGGUUACCCAAGGUCAACUCCAACCAGAACAGAGACCCCAAACACCUCAACUCUCAAAACAACGACACACAUGACAACGAUGUUCAGAACAACUCACUUCCGACUGAACCGGCAAGUCAAGUGGACAGCAACACUCCAGACAUGCUCGAUUCUGAAAAUGGUAACACCACAGAUAUCAAUGACAACAGCAUGUGUCUGAAUGUGACUUCUGUGUCCAGAACUGAUGUCUGUGACAAUCAGGACCCAGCCAAACUCUACAACUUGCAGCCAGAAGCCUCGGCCAGCUAAUAGCCCUGAGGAGCCGGAUGUUUUUGUCUGAGGACUCUUCUGUAAAUCUGCAUGCAGCUGAUCACUGUCCUCCCAGACUCCCCUUCGUCUCCCAUCCUCACCUGCCGUGAACAGACGUCCCUUGUCUCCUUUCCCCACCCCGCCUGCUCUUCUUCUAUCCCUCCUCCUUUCUAUGCUAUGAUGUGUUGGGUUUGAGUGCAGGUAGCAGUUUGGCGAGCACUGCGUCUCAGAUGUCUGACCGGGCAGCCUACACCCAUAUUGCCGCUGCACUCCCUCCCCCGUCACUUGAAAUACAGAGGGACCACAAAUAGAAAGGUGGGGGGAAAAGAAGGUGCAGUGAGAUAUGUUACCACUAGGGUGUGCUGUUUGUCUCAGUGAGGGACAGAGAUUUCAUAAAAACCAAUGCAUUCAACAGUCUGAAGUUAUUAUUAUGAUAAUUAUUAAUAAGAACACAAAGUUCAAAUGUGCUAAACAACAUGAAAACAGUGUGAUCUAACUCACUUUACCAAUAUUUGUACUUUUGACUGCAUGUUGAUUUUUGAUGUUGGUCAGAAAACAUUAUGAUGAAAUGUGUCAGUCAAUGUGUCAGGAGAUGCUGGGUAGCCUAGAGCUAAUGGGAAGUAGAAGAAGGAAGAAAGAAGUUUAAAGAUCAACACUGGGUGUGUGCUGUAUGUCACUGGCAGUAAAUGAGAGUAAUGAACAGCCAACCAACAGACUCAUUUGAUGCCCCCAGCCUGCCUGUGGCUCUCAUGAAAAAUUCAAACGCAGGCUAAUUUGUGAACAAUUUCCACCAUUCCCAAAAAUGUCAAUCUAAUUACAAUGUGCAUUCUUAGAGGCUGUGUAGUCAUAGCAACAGUAGGCCACAUUGUUACACAGGCUAAACAAAAUUAAAGCACACACAGGGGUAUAGAGAAAGAUGAAGAGGAGUCAAAUUAUUCAAAAUUAACUAUCAAGCUUUAGAUGAAACACGAUGCAUCUUCCUCUUGAAACUUUUGAAUCCUGUUGUGUGCGCUGACACACGGGCCAAAUGAGGAAGCUGGUUAGUGCUCUAUAUAAUAGUCAAAUGUUCGGUGGUUAACAACAGUCACCCUAGCAUGUCUGACUUUUGAUACACAUGCCUUGCUUUAACUGAUAUGUAAAGCAGCUACAUCCGAACCACAAGUGAAGACAAAAAUACAGGGUUGUCAUGGUGUAGCAGAAAAAAGAGACUUUUAAGCUGUAAAUCGAACCCUUAAAAACUGCCUGUCUGAGAUUGUAUGUGAAAUAUUAAGUCAUUGUCAUCUAAGAGCAUGGCAGAGUCAAAAAAAAAGAAACAAGUGUAGCAACUAUUUUUAUACUGCUAGUUUUAAUUAGAAAGAUAUAUAAUAUUUAUUAUUUGCUCUUUAAACUUUAAAUGUUAAUUAUUCCUGAGUUAUGCCAGUUGUUGAAUGUGUGUUAUUUUUGGCACAUGUUUCUUUUACCAGAAUGAUAAAGACUUCAGAUCUCCACCGUUUUGUCAGUAAUGAAAAUGCAUGUGUGCAGCCGCCGUUCCAAAAUUCAUUUUCUGAACCGCCUCAGAGCGAAACCAAAGCCCCAGUUGUCUGAGUGCAGUGAAUCCUUCUGAGGAGAAUCCUGCUCUGUAAUAACUCACAUGAGACACGAACCAGGGGUUACUGUAGGCUAUCAAGAGCCCGCACAGUCCUAUCUCUUCCCGCUGAAGUACGCACACACACACACACGCACACACACACAAACUGAGAUAAAGCACCUCAUCAGUGAAGUAUCUAACCUUUGGCCUGAAAAUACACACACACAUUAUAAAUCCUGCCUGUUACUUGGGCACCGUCUGAGUUAUCUGAGCAGAUAAGUUGAUUCACUUAUUUUCCAGUGACACACUGGCGGUCAGUCGCCUCACCCAGCCCGUCUCUGUUGACCUCCUGAUCAGACAGUCUGGAUGAGGGUCAGGGGUGACGGUGGAAAGGCUGACCUGUGUGUGCACUUGUGUACUUGUGCGUUCUGCGGAGGACAGAAUCUGUAUCUCAUUAGCAGACUCUCCUGCUCUUUGACUCUCUGUGAUGCCAGAUAGACCACUAACAGUUCCCAUUUUACCUUAAAUGAUACUGAGACAUGUUUAAACUGAUGCAACGGUACAGGGAGUCCAGGUACAGGCGGUAACAACAUUUGUGUUGAGGAGGUGCAUAGAGGUUUGUCUUCUUCAGUAUUUUAUCAUUCUUUAAAAACACACACAUACUAUUUUAAACCUGUAAAUAUACACUCAGAUCAGACACUUUUGACAAUGUAGUUUCCAAAAAAAAAAAAAAACAUUUGUUAGAGCAUCAUAGCCUUAAAGCAAAUGAUACUGUAACUAAUUUUACAGGCGUAUUGGUAUUUAUCACCCUUUAACGCUAAACGUGUCGCCUGUUACCUCCUCAUCCCACCACAGCACCGACGUUCAUCAGAAUUGUAUGCAGCACUUUAUCUUUUUAUUCUCUUUUUUAACCCCUUCAUCUUUCUUUACUGCGACUCUUUUCCUCAAAGGCUUUUAGUCUUGAAUCUCGGUGCAUUUGUACAACUUAAAGAAACCACGUUUUUGUCAGCGUCAGUAUGAACAGAUAUUCUCCCGACGUGCACCAUGGUUGCGUGUCAGUCUGAACGACUGAGUGUAGAUCUGUCUUUCUUAUUGUUCUGUUUGUCUUGAGGAAAUUAUAACAAGUCCGAGAAUAUUCUGGCAAAAAAAAAUAAAGCAGCUAUGCUGUGUCAUAGAUAUGCAGAAAAUGAAGUAUGACGUGAAUGGUGGAGUGGUAAAGAAGAUACAAAGGCGAUAUGUCUGUGUUUGUUUGUGCAGUCGUGUCUUGGUUGGUUUGUUUAUAGCGCGUGAUUUAGUGCAUGGAGUUCUCUCUCUUCUGUAGCGGCUGAGAAACAGCAUUGUUAUCUCAUGAAAAUUCAUUUCAAUAAAUAUGAUCCUGUGUACGUA